GGCUACAAAUCGUAAUUGCUAGUUAAUAUUGAUCACAACACGUUUGUUGUCUUAUUUGGGGAAACAAAAAUUGCAAAGUUACCACUUCAAAGGGGGUGACACAUUUUGUACUGUGUAUUUAAGGUAUGUCGGGGCUGAGUGUCGUGGUUCUGGCGCCUAACGGCCGCCGGCAAACGGUGAAAUGUAAUCCGAAUACCACAAUUCUUCAGAUUAUAGAGGAGGUAUGCCGCAAGCAGGGCUAUAAACCGGAGGAAUACGACAUCAAACACCACAACAAGAUUCUAGACACGACGCAAACUUUUAGGUUCUCAGGUUUGCCGAACAAUGCCCAAUUGGAAUUGGCCGCGGCUUUGAAGAAUCGAAUUGAGUGCGAUAUAACAUUGGCGGUAAAUUUAGAGGACGGCCGCCGCAUCACUGAUACUUUUAAGCCCCGGGAGACCCUCCAAGUAGUGCUGCAGAAGACAUGUCCGGAAUUAGCGGUUCCUGAAAAAAAUCCUGUAGUUAUUUAUACCAGACGUGAGAUUUAUGGGGAUGAAUUGGGAAAAUGCACCCUUAGGAGCUUGGGGUUGACCGGAGGGCGAGCUAUGAUUAGGGUUAUUAAUAGAGACCCUGAAUUGUUGAAACAGCAAGCGAAUGUGUCUGCUUGUUUACCAUCAAAACCACCUGAAGAGAGGCCUUACGUUAGAAAGUAUCAACCGCUAGAUGAUGAUAAUAGAUCGUCAUCCCAGAAAGCGGGUCCCGAAAGCUGUAACACCGCUAAAGUAGAUCCCAUUCAAAUAGCCAAAGAAAAAAGGAAGAGUAACGAGGAGCAUUGCGCGGAUCAGCAAUUGGAAAAGAAGAAAGUCACGGAUUAUAAACCUGUAAGAAUUGCCGAACCCAUGGACGUUGAUCCAGAUGAGACACAAGAAUCGCAGGUUGUCUCACUGAAAAGCAUUGACGAAGAAUUCAUUUUCUGCGGCGAUCGUAACGGCAUGAUUUUCUCGCUAGAGUCCGCCAUUUCGGUGCCCGCAGAAGAUUUGCCCGAAGAUUUUUUCGAGCUGACCAUCGAUGACGCGAAAAAAAUAUUGCGCGACGUCAAGAGGCGUCGCAACGAGCUCGAAAAUCAAGAACUGAGAACGUCGCAGCUGCGCAAGUUGGAACAGUCCAAGAAAGAGCUCAGGCAAUUGAACAGGUACAAAAAGGCGGUGAUCAGAGUCGAGUUGCCUGACCGGACAGUUAUCCAGGGCACUUUUAAGCCGACGGAAACGAUCCGUGACGUUCUGGACUUCGUCCGCGGUUACCUUAGGGAUCCCGACAUAGAUUUUUAUAUAUACGCGACUCCACCCAAAUGCAUUUUAAAUGUGGAAAGUCGAUUAAUCGAAGUGGGAUGCGUGCCGGGGGCGUUGUUACACUUUGGCAGCAAGGACGAUAUCAAAGAGGGUCUGUUAAAGAAAGAAUUUGAAAAUAUGUUCACCACCAAUUCAGUGGCCAGCUUGGCCGCAGCUAGAAUAAGGCAAGAAAAUACGAGAACCGGUAAAAGUACUUACGUGGACGAUGACCCAAUGGACGGUGAAGAAGUAGACGUGAAUCAAGGCGCUAGUACCAGUGUUUGUUACGACGAUUCGCUCGAUACCGGAAGAAAGAUAGUCAGGAGCACCGAGAACGUUCCCAAGUGGUUCAAACCUUUACAGUAAUACGAAUUUUGUCCGUCUUGAUCGUUUUUUAAUCUUAUAAAAUCAAAUAAAUCGUUUUCUUUCCUUUUGUUUAAA